AUGAAGUUUUCUGAUUCUUUAUUUGCACUUUCUGUUAAAAUGGCUGUUUGUUCAGCCCCUACUAUAAGCACAGUUUUCUUCCCUUCUUCAACUGCAAAUACAAUUUCUCCAACCCCUGUGUUAAAUCUUCCAAGUGAAUUUCCUUAUACCAAAUAUCUUACUGGUAUUAAUUUAACAGAAGUUCUCCCCAUCACGUGUAAUCACUAUCCUCUUGGAAUUUCUAAUGGUACACACUAUUAUAUCUACUUGAUUGAUACUUCUAAUUUCAGCCAAGACACCACUAAUUCUGGAAUAGAUUCUGGGAUUUCUAUCUGGACUCAAGUUAAUGAUACUCGUUUUUUCAAAGUAAAGGAGGGGGCUCCAGCUUGGAAAAAUAAAAGAGAUGAACCUACUGUCAAUAGUUCUCAUCAAUCUUUUGUGAGAACCAUCUUAUCUAAAUGGAAACGAAAGGUUUCUGAAGAAGAGAAAAUUGAGCUUAAACCUUGGUUAUGGUGGAGACCCUUUCCAGGUGCUGCAAUCUGGUAA